AUGUUCAAGUUCGACGUGCCGGGGCUGGAUUCGCUUGCCCGCUCCAUUGACGAGCUGCGCGUGUGGGCGGACGACAAGGUCCUGUCGGUGGAAAAUCUGAUUGUGCAGCUACGAGCGACAUCCAAGCGUCUUCUCCGCGACACCAUGCCUACGAUGGCACUGUUUGCUGUCCCUGUCCUGCUUCUGAGCAUUGGCCUUGACCUCGGCUUCCCUUCGUGGCUCACUAUGCCGCUCUUGCUGAUUUGCGCCUCCGUGGCCUGGCGGUACGGCGCCUUUCGGGCGAUACCGAUAUGGACGACACUAUGGGAGAAGCUAACGUUAACAUGGACAAAACUAUGGACGACGCAAAAGGAUAAUACCCCGCUGGCGAUGAGUCAGCUUUUCUUCGGGAACCUGUCCGUGCAUCCGACCCAGAAACUCGUGGGCUUCACUUUGCCGGGUCUCGGUGACUUCCAACAGCGCGAGGACGACGCGGGUGACCUGCUGUUUGGCGCGGCGGCGCGACACGUGCAGUUUGAGCCUCAGCCAACCAAGAAGAAAAUCCUGAGCGACGUGCAGUUGGUCGGCAUCUUCGGUCUCCAGAAAACUGGCAAGUCGACGCUGUGCAACGCUCUCUACGGACUCAAGCUUCGGGCAGGCAACUCGAGGGACAAGCAGACCACGGUGGGUAUUGACCUCACGAUCGCCCAGAACUACGGCAUACUGGACACGGAGGGCGCUGACGGCCCUGACGCCAAGAGAGUCGUGAUGGACCGUUUAAACGCGCUGGUUGAUGAGAAGGACAAACAAUUCGUGUACGACUAUUCAACCGAAUACCGUGACAAGCUCGAGCUGGCGUUCAUGGUCGUGGCUGUCGCCGUGUGUUCCACCGUCAUCUACUGCUUUGACUCGACCAAUGCUGUGGAUGCGUUUGCCAACAAAGUCGCCGCGGCUGCCAGUAAAUUGAGUGCGCGGGCGACUAAGCCUGUGCUGGUCGCGGUACUCAACAAGUGCACACCGGAGGAACUGGACGAGGCCCGCAACAGGGACCCCUCCUGGUUCGCAAAUGUGCGCGCCAGCCCAAAACUCCAGUCGGUCUUUUCAGGCAUCGAGUGCAUCAACGUGCCAGACUUUCGCGAGUCAAGCGACCAAUAUCAUUCGCAAGUGAAGGAGCUGCGCGAGUUGAUCGACAAUCCAUUGGGUGCACAGCCGCUGGAGGUCUCGAUGAACAUUGUGCAAGAGGUCAUUAAGGAGAUCCAGACAUCAAAGGCAACGGAGACAAUUGAUACUGUGCGGAUGCGCGAAGAGGCAGAGGCCAAGCUUCGAGAUGAGGUGCUGUCGGUGCUGAAAGACAUCGUUGAGGGCAUGGUCACGCGUGGACGGGGGUACUCCUGGCCCGAGAUUGCUUUGAUGCAGGACAAUAUUAUCUCCCGGCACCUCUCCCCAUUCAAGCUGACCGGGAACGUGUUAACUUCAGUGCAGCAAGGACUACUAUUGUGGCUACGAAGCGAGUUCAACGAGCACUAUCGCUACUGUGGUCUGCUGUGUGGCUGCGCGCUGGCAAAGCCGUGCACUCUGGUCGUUCAUCAUGAAGAGAAGCACCGUUGCUCCACGCAUCGCUUCACAUGUGCUCACGGCUGCGCGCUGUGGCUAGGCUGUGGCGAACUAAAGUGCGAUCAUUGCCCCGUUACCUGUGCGACCCACUCUAGCAGUCUGUGCACAGUACGAGGAGAGCAUGAGCACCACAAGUUUCUAUGCAAGAAAGCCAGCACCUGCGAAGGCUGCGAGAAACCCCACACGAGGAAGACUCUGCAUUGUGAAGAGCAGAAUCUGUGCGCGCAGUGCAGCUGUACUCAUGCUUGGGGGUCUCGUCAUCACCCCAAGGGUGGUGGUCGUGGCUUGACUAACUGCUACUGGGAGUGCACAACCCCGAACUGCUUCUGGAACAAUGAUGCUUCGUUGUACCAGUCCAUUGCAGACGAAGAUGAGAAGAACGGCGUGCAAUUGAACGAAGGGAUGAAGAGCGCCAUUCGAGGAGGAUUCAUGGAAGUAGUCAAGGUGUUGGUGGUGGGUUUCCCGGAGCUGAAAACCCGACUCGAAGACGUCUUCGGCUACUACACGAAUCCGGGCGGAGUACUGCACGUUCCGAUGUGGGCCAACGCGGCGUCCGAGUACCAGGAGAACGACCCACGAGCCCAGAUCCCACCUUACUAG